GUUUUAGUUUUCGCUUUGCUUCAACUGGCCAACGCGCAACACAGUAAGUAUCUCCUAGAUUUCACUUGUGUCAUUAUUGUUAUUAUAAUCAUAACUAUAACUAAAUUGUCAAUUCUGGUUGGCUAUCAACUGCCCUGAUUUCAGCCUUCAUUACAUUCACUUUGAAAUCCCUGGCGAUCCGUGAAAUCUGAUUGGCUCUCAGCAGUGUGAUUUAUUCCCAAAUCGCACCAUUAUUUGCUCUAAAUCGCAUCGUUUUCCCAGCCAAUGAAAAAGGAACACUCAAACAGCACAACGAAACAUAUUUCAAAUCUUGUUCAAAGUAACAAAUCAAAUUGCAGCCAAAAUGGUUGUAAUAAAGUAGUAAUUGAACUGCGUGUCCUGCAAUUUUGGCCUGAAAUCAUACUUGUGAUUUCAAUUCGAACUCGCGCUGUGCGCUCGUUCAAUUUUGAAAUCACGCGUAUGUUUUCAGACCUAAUUUCACCACUCCACUCACUUCAAUGACCAUUGUUAAUUGGACAGUUUAAUAAGACAGUAAGCGUCAUGCCUUAGUAAUUGGACAGUACGCGCCAACACGCACGCUCUUAAAUAGCUUUUUUUCUUCACUGAUAGCAAAAGAAAAAAAAAUCUUGGAAUUUCUUGUGUAUUGAUUUAAAAAAAGAAACUAUUCUAUCACAAAGAUUGUUUAAGUUAAGUUCAAUGAGAUUGUGAGGGUAGCCUCUAGGACGAACGCUUGUGGGUUAACUGAGUAGUUUGUUGUAAUACUGUAAGGUCCUCACCUUUCAUGAGACCUUCCUGAUCUUUUCUGGAGCUAAAAAGUCAAGCGCGAACUUUCUCAAGGUCCAAAGUGCACUUCCCAGAUCUGGAAGUCUGCUGUGAUUGGUCUCCGUUUUUUUUUCGCUCAAGUCAGCAGACGUUCGUGGGGCAGGAACGCGUGAUGAAUCCCCUAAGAACGUCUUCGUGGGAGGCUAUUGAAAGACGGGUGAAACAACGAGUUUGAACAUUCUUUUUGGUUACUUAAUCAACAUAAUAUUAAUACUUCGGCAAGGUCAUUGAAAGGGGAUUUAAAAAAUAUUUUAUUAGAAUUAAUGUAACAGCAAUGCGGUACUCACAGUUGCUUUAGUGCUCAGUCUCCUGAAAGAUCCUCCGAUAUUGAUUUUGGCCCCCAAUAGAUUUUGUUACAACUUUUUCAUGGACUUCCUCUAAAAAGUAUUUCAACUAUGAAACUAGAUCGACGAAUCAUUUUUCUUUGUAAGAAAUUUUUGGCGCAAAUUCUUUUGUUAGUAUGUAUGUGCAACUGACUUGGAAUUUCACUUGUCAUAGUUUGCUCCGGACAAAAGAGUCACUCUAAUGCAAGGCAUUGCAAUCCAAACCGGGUAUUUUGUAGUUACUCUCGUACCAUACUUCACUACUUUAAAUAGCUUUUUCUUCUAUAAGAGAUCUUGGAGGGCAGGUAGUACAUCUUAUGCACAUGCAUUUACAUUUUCACUUUUUUUUUUCUUAGGGAUUAUCGAAACGUCAAGUUUCUCUUAUAUCGUUAAUUUUUGUUUAAAAUUUAAUUAUUGAUUAAAGCAUUACAAAAAGAAACGUUUUCAAUGACGACAGUUUUUGAACUUUUUUUAUCUUAAUUAUUUCUUUGAAAAUCGGUAAGGAGAUAUGUAAGUAUCGGGAAUGUAUUUAAAAGGUUCACUAAUUCCAGGUUCCCGCGUACCAGAUUCCUCAACUUCCAAAAACCGUCAACAAACAUGGCGGAUGCGGUAAAUUUGAGUCUCUCUCCUCCACCACUUUGUCUCUCUUCUUCAUUAGUGUAAAACCAUGAUAUGACCACCUUGACAAUGGCGGUUGCAAAAUUUCAUCCUUAAGCACAGAACAAUUUUAGACUGGCAUAUCCUCGAUAAUAUGGCUUUGGAUUAUGACAAUCGUUCUCGAAGAAACAUAACCGAGAAAGGAAAGUCUUAUGUUUCACAUCUGAUCGAAACGUACGAGCUGCCAAGUAUUUUAACAUAACCAAUUAGGAAAGGACGAAAGUAUAUAAUGAUGUGCAAUAGGACCUUCAAAUGUGAGCCUCUUUUGCAAUCUGAUUAUUUAAACUUGGCUGAAAUCAUUUUUUCUUCAAGUGGAUCAAAUGAUUAAAGUUACUUAUUGCCUCGGUUUUAUAAAUAUAUUCUAAAGAGUUGGUAAUUUGAACCUAUGUGAUUUUUAGGAUAAAGGAUAGAUACAAAUUAUUAGCGGUUUUUAAGCCUUGGGAUUAACUCUUUUUGGCAGGAGCAAACAGUUAUGCACCAGUCAAUGUUAAGCCCUAGGGUAGGGGGUCGGGCAUACCCAGGGGGAUUUGACAUUUUGGGCCAUUUUCAUGCCAAAUUCUUUACUCAGGGGGAAAAGACUGAUGUCAAAUAACCCUUCCCUUGGGGUACAUUUUGUUUCAUUUUGGAUGAUAUAUAAUGCGUCCCAGUCUCUCUUUUAAUCGGUUUAGUUAUAUCCCCCACUUUGUACAGAGGCAUUUCUCCCCAAAUCAAGUGCCUUUUAAAGCUGUUUCGUCCAACACGGACAAAUAUUCAACAGUUAACAGGCAAUUGAACACACAUGCUCACAAACCAACUACCUGAAACAGCAAUCCCAAGGAAACUAUUUGGGCAACGUUUUCAAGAUGGCAGGCUGAGACUAGGUUCCAGGCUCUUGUGUCUUGUCAAACUCACUCACCCUCAGGAUCUUGUGUUACAUCAAAUCUUUUAUUCUUCCCCACCCAUGGGAAAGGAAAUGCAGUCAAAUGCCCCGGGGAUGCCCCCCCACCCCUACCCUGGGGCUUAACAUUAACUGGUGCAUUCCAGUUUGACAAAGUUUGCAACGUAGGCUGUAGGUUUAAAUAAGGUGCAACGUUUGCCCCAUUUUCUUAUUUAGUGGGCAAAAAUCAAUGUGAGGAUCUUAAGAGACUUGCUCUUAAUUUGAACUAUUCGAUUUGUAACCUGUUUAUUGACACACUGGUUCAAAAAAUUACACAUGAGCAAAUAAAUAGCCUAAGGUAAUACGUUACAGUUAAUUUGCAGGGGAUCCUUAAUUCAAAGCCAAAUCAGAGAGUAGGACCAGCAGUAAUCUAAGCAAGUUUAAAGAUAGGUUUAAGGUAGUAUGAGAGUUACGACUUACGAGUGCACAUUUUCUUGAAAAUUAUUUCAGCUUUGAGACUGGUCGGAGGAUCUAGGAGCUCAGAAGGAAGAGUCGAAGUGUUUUAUAAUAACCAAUGGGGAACGGUUUGUGAUGAUUACUGGGAUAUAAAUGAUGCACGUGUUGUUUGCCGUCAGCUCGGGUAUCCUGGCGCUAUUAGUGCUCCAGGGUCUGCCCGGUUCGGGGCUGGAAGUGGUCCAAUUUGGCUGGAUGAUGUAAAUUGUCAAGGCAACGAAACUUCAAUUGGCUAUUGUAGGCAUAGAGGAUGGGGCAUCGAGAACUGUGGUCACUAUGAAGAUGCCUCAGUAGUAUGUUAUGGACUAGGAUCUGGAGGU